UAUUGCUAAUAUGUACCUAUUUGCAUCUCUAUACAUAUUAAUGGCAUGUAUAGCUAUGGUUGCUUUACUGCUAAAGACUCGUUGCUUUAAGUUAAAAAUGAGCUGUAGCUGCGGGUUGAUGAACUGGGGUAGUUUGCAUUACUGUAGUUAUUGAUGCAUCCUCCCAGCCUUACACUGUCCUUGAGUUACUCUGAGCUUUAAUCCCUUUAUGUGAAUGUGGCAGUAGAUUGGUGAUGCUAUGCUAUAACCAUAUCUUACUUGUCCAAAAUUAGUUUGCUUUUAUGUUUGUGUUUGUCUGUGCCCUUCUAAGAAGAGGUUUUCAGCUUUUUAAUGAACUGAAUAAUUAUGGCUAGCAUCAUAAGUGUGGUUCUCCUAAAUUCCCUAUUUUAGGGAAGAAUCUGAGUGGAAAGUAUUAAUUAACAUAUUUUUUUCCAGUGUCUGCUAUUCUGAUGUGUUCCAUUCUUCCAGAGGCUAUAGUUCAAAUCUCUCUGUGGUGUUAAUGUCCAAUCCUACAUGAAGCAAGAUGGUUCUUAAAAAAUGUGCUGAUGCUAGUUAUCGAUUAAACGUGUACCUUGUCUUCUGGGCUGAACUCUUACCUUUAAGAUGAUUGCAUAACAUGGUUGUGUAAAGCAUACAGUUGGUAUCUUAUUUGUAUUAUAGACCAAAGUGAAUGAAAAAGCCUUGCAUUUUUAGUUGUGUUGCUUGAUGCAAGAUGUCUUUAUUUAGGCAACUAAAUUCAGGUGAACAGCACCCACUUGCAUGUAGCUGGCUACAAAAUGGCUGUGCAAGUUCAGAGUAGAGGAGAAUACUGUUGGCACCAUCACCCUGUCUUCUCUGAUCUCCUACCCCAAUAAAACAGAUGUAAACCUGCAGUUUGGUUCACCAGUGAUUGUCUUCAGCACCAAUAGCUGGAUUUAGUUCAGCACAAAUCCAGGGCUAUUAGUUCAGUGUCAUGAUUGCCUUGCACCAGGAGGUGCUGGUCCUUACAAUCCUGACAAGAAAGGCACUCAGACUCUAAGGUAUCAUCUCAAAUGAUGCUUUUAGAGCUAACCCUUUAAAGAAAGAGGAGAGUGUUGAUGAUUGUGCACCCCUUCAGGUGCUGGGAGCCCCAGCUUGUGCAGCAUUGGGCAGAUCUCACACAGCCCAGUGUGCAGACCCUGUCCAUAGCAGGGGUUACCCUGUUUUGGUCAUUUGAGCUGCUGGGGAUUCUUUUACAAGAAAACACCUUUAUUCAUCACUUCUGCUGUCAGACAGAAAGGAUGCUUGCUGGAGAACUUCCUGCAUUUUUAGAUAAAGGCAUGAUACAUAGGUAGUAGCAUAGUUGCAGGUACAAAGUGUCAGUGACCUGCAGACUGCUGUUACAGGUUGCUGCUGAGCUUAUCCUGCAGCUUGUGCAUCCCACAGCACCAGGCUGGGUGUGGAGUGCAGCACAAGAUGAGCCUGGAUCUACUCAGGUUAACUGUCACAGGGAUCCCCAGCCCCUUGGUGUACAAUGGCCUUCAGGCAAAAAUGCCUGCAACAUGCGACUUCGUUACACUCCACACUGGGCAGAAGAUGCCUCUCGUGGGACUGGGAACUUGGAAAAGUGACCGUGGCCAAGUGAAGGAGGCAGUGAAGCACGCCCUCAGCGUGGGCUAUCGCCACAUCGACUGCGCAGCCGCCUACAGCAACGAAGCCGAGAUCGGGGAGGCCUUCCAGGAGUGUGUGGGGCCCAGCAAGGUUAUUAAAAGGGAGGACCUGUUUGUAACAUCAAAGCUCUGGAAUACCAAGCACCACCCAGAAGAUGUAGAGCCAGCACUGAGAAAAACACUUGGAGAUAUGAAACUGGAUUACCUGGACCUGUACCUCAUGCACUGGCCUCAUGCCUUUGAACGAGGGGACAAUCUCUUCCCAAAGAAUCCCGAUAACACGAUGCGUUACGACUACAUUGAUUAUAAGGAGACCUGGAAGGCUAUGGAGAAACUGGUGGAGAAAGGUCUUGUGAAAGCCAUUGGGCUGUCAAACUUCAACAGUCGGCAGAUUGAUGAUGUGCUAAGUGUGGCUACUGUGAAGCCAGCUGUGCUCCAGGUGGAAUGCCAUCCUUACCUAGCUCAGAACGAGCUGAUUGCUCACUGCCAGAAGCGAGGACUGGUGGUCACUGCCUACAGUCCCCUUGGCUCUCCGGAUCGCAUGUGGAAACACCCGGAUGAGCCUGUGCUGCUGGAGGAACCUGGGGUCAAAAAAAUUGCUGAAAAAUACAGCAAAUCACCUGCACAGAUCGUCCUCAGAUGGCAAGUGCAGCGUAAAGUGGUUGUCAUUCCCAAGAGUGUCACUCCUGCUCGCAUUCAGCAGAAUCUGCAGGUGUUUGACUUCAGCCUCACAGCAGAGGAGAUGAGUCACAUUGGAAACCUGAAUAAAAACUGGCGUUACAUUGUGCCAAUGAUUACGGUGGAUGGAAAGCUUGUAGCCAGAGAUGCUGGACACCCCCACUACCCCUUCAAUGACCCCUAUUAACUACUGGAAAAUAAGGUGUUAAAGUAAUGCUCCAGUAAUUGCCUUUCCACAAAGUAAUUGUUGCCACGAUUUUUUGACAGUUGCCACUGUCCAAAUGAAAACCUUCCUUCCCAAGUGGGUUUUCCUACAAUGUACUACUUCUAAUCCACCUCCUGCCUGGAGAUCCUGUAGCUUCUGUUCCAAAGUUUAUGGAUUUAUUACAAUGACUGCUGGCUGGCUCCUGGAGGCAUCAGAUCUUUUGGAGAUUAGAUAAAGAGUGAAGGAGUCUAAGUCAAGUUCCAAACACGUUGUUAUCAGACAAGGGCAUUACUUUGGUUACUACUGUGAAACGGUUUAGAAAACUUCAGUUACUACCAUGAUGAGGGAAAAAAAGGGUGAAGGUGUGAAAGUUUUUUAAGGCUAAAGAAUUGCUCAGCCAUCAAUCUUGAUAUCUUUAUUAAUAAUUUUUUACAGAGGGAAUAAAGUGGAAGGUGCUACAAUUGCACUAUGUCCAUAAACCAUUCAUUAAAACCAAGUAAUCAGC